UAUCUCAAGGUCGUCGACAAGUUCUUCAACAACUACGUCUCCUGCUUCGUCACGGCCGGCAACGUCAAGUUCCUCCUCCUCCACCAGCCCUCUCUGCCGCCUGGCCCGCCGACGUCGCGGUCUUCGACGGCCAUUGGGGCGAAUCCCACGAGUCCCGCGACGGAGGAGGCGGUACGGAAUUUCUUCACGGAAGUGUACGAGAACUGGAUCAAGGCCAUUAUGAACCCUUUCUACCAGGUCAACAUGGAAGUCAGGAGUCCGGUGUUCAGGCAGAGGGUAGCGGCGGCAGGGCGGAAGUAUUUGUGA